UUUCUCUCAAGUUUUCUCGUCAUAUAUAAAUGUAUAUAUAUCAGACUGUAUAAUCUUCAGAACAUUUCUUAAUUCCAAGAUUACCUCCGCAAAGACUAAAGUGCAACCAACUAUCAACAAUCUCAAAGUUCAAAAUGACAUGCGCUAUGGAUAAAUGCUAUAAGUACCGGGUUCGGGCCCGGGGAAGUCUCUACUGUGAAGCACAUGAAUGUAAAGUACCCAAGUGCCAUACUAUCAUUUUAAUGGGAGUAAAUACUGUAUUGGACAUAAAUGCAAACAUCAACAUUGUAACCAUGGAAAGAACAUCAAUUCUCACUAUUGCCGUGCACAUUCCACAUGCAUUACACACGGCUGCAAUUACUUGA